AUGGAUAACAAGGAAAACCAUCGCAAAGUGCUUCGUACCACUUUCAGCAAAGCAGCAAAAGAGUUAGAGGACCUAUUAAAAGACCAAAAAGGUGAGGUACGACAGAUCAAAAUAUCCUUAGAUCUAUUACGACAGAAAAUGGAUGAUCUAAGGAGAAUAGAUGAAGAAAUUUAUGAUCUCCUGUUAAACGAGGAUGCCAGUGAACAAGACCUGUUGAAGGAAAUAGAAGACAGUGACAGCUACAUCAGAGAGUUUGCGGACCUGAGUAUACAGUUCGAGGAACGGGUUCAACCAAGGAUAGCUGCGUCCGUGGAGGAUGAGGUGGCCUCUGGGACAACUGGUAAGAGCACAGGGAGCCUACAAGAAAAUGCACACGAAAGCAGUCAAUGCUUCAAGGCUCAGAAGUUGACUUAUGACCAAAGAGUGAAUAUUUUGACAGAGAAAGGUGCUUGCUUCCGCUGUUUGAAAAUUGGACACCAAUCUCGAAGAUGCCGUGGUCAAUUAAGUUGCUUACUUUGUCAUAAACCACAUGUGCCCCUAAUGUGCAGAGAAUUUUUGAUGGGCAAGGCAAAAAAGGAAGAGGAAAAUAAGAUAGAGAAUGAUGGUCAAGCUGUGACGAAAAUAAAUCAGUCAUUGGCCAAUAGUGCUACUACUAAUGUUUUUUUGCAAACUUUGCGCGUCAAAAUGAACCACUUAGGCAAGACGCGAGUUGUACGCGCCUUAAUAGAUACCGGAUCUCAAAAGACGUAUAUUCUGAGGUCCACUGCUAGAUUAUUAGAUUAUCCAUGUAAACGACAGAUUAACCUUGUACAUGGAUUAUUCGGAGGUAGCGAACUAGCACAAAAACAUGAUUGUUAUGACGUUAAUUUGAGUUAUAAUAACUACAGUUGCACAUUUGAAGCACUAGAUCAGCCCGUAAUUUGUAGCGAUAUUUCUUCCGUAUUUAAUGGUCCCUGGAUGGAAGAACUGAAGAGGCUGAAUAUAGAGAUAACAGAUUCCGGUGAUACAUCUCCUAUAGAGGUUUUAAUAGGUGCAGAUAUUGCAGGAAAACUCUAUACCGGAAGAAGACAUAUUUUAGGAUGUGAACUGGUAGCUGUAGAAACCUUAUUGGGCUGGACUUUGAUGGGAAAGAUACCUUUAGAUCAACAGGACAAUCGCACCGCGACAACGGUUUCACGUUUUAUUAGCAACGCGUCGAUUAGUCAACUGUGGGAGUUAGAUGCUUUGGGUAUCAAUGAUCCGGCUGAAAGGAAGACAAGGGAAGAAACAGCGCUAGCAGCAAAGCAACUUUUCUUUGAGACUGUUGCAACAGAUUCCACCGGACGAUAUGAAACCAGACUGCCAUGGUUAGAAGGACAUCCGGCAUUACCAAGUAACUACCAGAUGGCUAAGAAACGGCUGGAUACCACGUUGAAGAAGAUAAACAAAGAUGGAUAUCUUGAAGCCUACGGCCAAAUAUUUAAAGAAUGGCUGGAUGAAAAUAUAAUUGAGGAAGUGUUCGAGGAGCAGCCGAACCGAGGUCAAUAUUUACCCCACAGGCCGGUAAUUAAGCCUAAUAGCGCGUCCACAAAAAUCAGACCAGUUUUUGACGCUUCAGCGAAAGAAAAAGACAAACCUUCUUUAAACCAGUGCCUUGAAAAGGGAGUUAACUUGAUUGAAUUGAUUCCUGCUAUUUUAUUAAGAUUCAGAUGA